AUGGUUUGUCUACCAUGUAUUUUCCUGCCAAUUAUGAUGGCGAUUUACAUGAAAUUCAUCAUGCCAUAUGUGUACAGAUUCCUUCCAGAGCGAUGGGUCCACUUCCUUGACCCGAUUCUCUAUCCAACGUGUCCAAUGAAGAUUCCAGAGCAGGAGAAAAAGGAAGAAGAAGAGGAAAAGGAGAAAUCAUGCUGCUCCACUGAAGCAGAAAACACAACGGAAGUCACAACGGAAACGAAAAAAGAUCAAUAA